CUCCUACUUCCGGCUUUGGCGGGGCCCGGCGUUGCCUUCGCUUUCCCUCGAAAAUAAAUAUCUUGUCUGUUUGUUUCGUGAGGGAGGAAGCGAUGAGUCUGGCGGACCCACUGGACGUGAAGGCGGCUCUGCAGGCCCGAAACGACCCUGCUUUGGAUUCAAACGAUAAUUCUCCUGAUGAAGGAUUAAUAGAAGACUUCACUGUUAUAGACAAGAAAGCUGUGGAGCAGCUAACAGAAGGGCUGAUUUCACAUUAUUUACCUGAUCUACAACGAUCAAAACUAUCCUUAAAAGAGCUAACACAGAACCAAGAAGUACUACUAGAAACUCUGCAGCAAGAAAUCUCAAAGUUUAAAGAAUGCAAUUCUGUUCUUGAUAUCAAUGUGCUGUUUUCAGAAGCAAAGUACUAUCACAACAAGUUGGUAAACAUUAGGAAAGAGAUGCUGCUGCUGCAUGAGAAAACAUCAAAGUUGAAAAGAAGAGCUCUCAAACUCCAACAAAAGAGGCAGAAAGAAGAACUGGAACGAGAGCAGCAACGGGAAAAAGAGCUUGAAAGAGAGAAACAGUUAACCGCCAAACCCGCUAAAAGAACAUGAAAGCCGAACAUGUAUUGGCUUGUCGAACUAAUUACACUAUUCUCUGGACUUGGUGGGGAGGCCCAUGUCGCACCUCAUGAACCUGAUGUUCUUACUUGCCAAGAAGUCUAUUAGUUCAGUAUUAGCGUUUCCAGGUUGCUAUUUCCUAAUCGGGAAAGCAGGAACAGGGAGCUUACCAGCAGCUCAGGAUGCUUUUUUGAUUAACGCUACAGCUUAACGUUGCUGCGUCAGCCUUUUCCUUACUUCCCACAAAUAGAAUUUUGCAUUCUUUAACAACAACUUAGAUGGUCUUAGGUUGGUGCAUCCUUGUCCCAUGUAUGAAUGUUUUGUUGAUAGCUGACCUCUACCUCAUUAACUGUAGGCUUAAUCUUUAAGUCUGGUUUACAGUUCUUGGCUCGUUGAUUCUCCCUUCCCUGUUGCCAUGUACAAAAUAAGCAUGGCAGCUGUAGACGGACUAGGAAUGAGAAGCCCAUAUGACAACCUUGUCCGUUUUAUUUCAACUCUGAGAACAUAAGGCACUGCUGGCGAAGUGAGGCUUUUAGAUCCAAUUAUGUCGUCUUCCGAUCAUGUCAGAAUUAAAGUGUCUGUAAAAACCCACAGCAAA